AGAGAGAAAGAGAGAGUGAUUGUCAUAAAGCAAAGUGAGAGAGAGAGAGGAGAGAGAGAGUAGAGAGAGAGAGAGAGAGAGGUUGAAGGUGCAGUCCACAUGGCCUCGAUGCCCUUGGGGCCUCACCACCACCAUCACCACCAGGCGGCUCCGCCACCGCACCUCGGAGCUCAGCCCGACGCCUCUCGCCGUCCUGAUCCGAUGCAGACCGAUAAGGAAAUGUCUCAAACUGUUAUUGAGAGCAAUAAUGCUGUCACUGGUCAGAUUAUCUCGACUACUAUUGGAGGAAAAAACGGAGAACCCAAACAGACCAUCAGUUACAUGGCAGAGCGCGUUGUCGGGAAUGGAUCAUUUGGAAUUGUGUUUCUGGCAAAAUGCUUGGAAACUGGAGAGACAUUUGCUAUAAAAAAGGUCCUUCAGGAUAGACGGUACAAAAACCGUGAGCUGCAAUUAUUGCGCCUGAUGGAUCACCCUAAUGUGGUUAGCCUGAAGCACUGCUUCUUCUCUACAACAAGUAAUGAUGAGCUGUUUCUGAACUUAGUGAUGGAAUAUGUCCCGGAAACUAUGUAUGGCGUUCUGAAGCAUUACAAUAGUAUGAACCAGAGGAUGCCUCUGAUAUAUGUCAAGCUUUACACAUACCAAAUCUUUCGAGGACUCGCUUACAUCCAUACUGUUCCUGGAGUUUGUCAUAGGGAUUUGAAGCCACAAAACCUUUUGGUCGACCCCCUCACCCACCAGGUCAAGAUUUGUGACUUUGGAAGUGCAAAGGUUUUGGUCAAGGGGGAGGCAAACAUCUCCUACAUAUGUUCCCGUUACUACAGGGCACCAGAGCUCAUAUUUGGUGCCACAGAGUAUACAACGUCGAUCGAUAUCUGGUCCGCUGGUUGUGUUCUUGCCGAACUUCUUUUGGGUCAGCCACUGUUUCCUGGAGAAAAUGCAGUGGACCAGCUCGUGGAGAUCAUCAAGGUUCUUGGUACCCCAACUCGAGAAGAAAUUCGAUGCAUGAAUCCGAAUUAUACCGAUUUCAGAUUUCCUCAGAUAAAAGCUCAUCCUUGGCACAAAAUAUUCCACAAAAGGAUGCCUCCUGAAGCGAUUGACCUUGCAUCAAGGCUUCUUCAGUAUUCUCCAAGUCUUCGCUGCACUGCUCUUGAAGCAUGCGCACAUCCUUUCUUUGAUGAGCUUCGUGAACCCAAUGUGCGCCUUCCAAAUGGUCGCCCAUUGCCCCCCUUAUUCAACUUUAAGCAAGAUUUAACUGGGGCUCACCCAGAAUUGAUCAACAGACUGAUACCCGAGCAUUUGCGGCGGAUGAAUGGCUUCCCGCAUCCAGUUGGUACUUGAAAAGGUUGGACUGCUGAAGUGUGCUGAAUCAUCUGCUAAGCUGAAUGGAAGGAAGUGAGGACCCGAUCUGUGAUCCAUUGUGACGAAAGUCGUUAGCCCAAUCAGCGAGUGUUCUUUCCCGCCCCGCAAGAUGUACACAUGUUCUCUGGCUUUCUGUCUCCGAUCCUUAAAUCUAUAAUGUUUGCCUUUUUAAGUUUAUGCAAUUUUAGCUUUAUUAAAAAAGACAAGUCUUUAUUGUACAUUUGCAAUGACUUAUGGAAAAAAAAAAAAGGUUCUAGAAAGAGAGGGCUAGGGGAGCAUUAUGAUGCGAUUCAACUUAUGUCUAGCUUUGUAGGGCUCUAUACAGACCCAGCAAAGAGCUCUUGUAGCUCAUUUAAAUUAGUUUGUGGCUUGCACUUUUCAUUCUCCUAUGAAUAUGAAUUCACCAUCUGUCUUUUCUCUA